CGAAACGCAGAAUUAAAAUCAAUUAAAUAUAGUCUAAACUGGUGCAUAUAUUAAGGAUUUAUGCAGAUAAGUAUAUUCUUUUUUGUUGAAUAUUGGUGUUUAUUUGUUAAGAGGAUUCUGAUGUAAAUUUUACGAAUAAAUAAUAGAUUAAACUGAUUGAAAAUCCUUUGUUGUCCAUUACUUAAUUUCUUUGUUCCGGAUGGCGGACCGGGUAGUGCUGUUUGGCCACAGUUUUGUACGUCGUUUUAACAGUUUUAUACAGUCAAACCCGGAACACCUGAAUAUUGGCCUUAGCGCCUUGCAGUUCGAUGUUAAUUGUUAUGGUUUUGGUGGCCUGUCUUUGAUGCAGCGCAGCAGAUUGCAUUGUGUCGAUAAUAAAAUGAAAGGGACUGACCUUGUUAUUCUGGAUAUAGGAUCAAAUGAUCUAGCUGAUCCGUUAUAUGAACCCGAAAAAUUUGCCAAAGAUCUAUUGUCAUAUGCAGGGCUUCUGAUUGAAGGGCUGGGGGUAAAACGUGUGGUUGUAAUGCAGGUACUUCCGAGAAAGUCUGUACCAUUUCCUGGCUACAAUGAUAACGUUAUUUUAGCAAAUUCUAAAUUAAAAACAGAAAUCUCAGAUUCUCAUUUGCCUAUCGUGUUUUGGAAACAUCGGGGUAUGUGGAAUCCAGAUGUGUGUAUAUUUAGUCCGGAUGGAGUGCAUCUUUCUAAUGAAACUGGGUAUCCAAAG